AUGCGCAGAAAAUUGUUGGGAAAAAUUCGAAUACCGACAGCAAUAUUUUCACGCGGCAAAAAUUACUAUGUUAACGGUGUGUGGCCACGUGUUCUGGAAUCAAAACUGACGCGUAACCAUCAAAACGAAGCCCCACAGUGGUCAUCUGCAAAGAUGCGCGCUUGCAACAAUGCGGCAAAGCGCGACAAAAAUUGGUGCGAGGAGGAGAAGAAGGAGGAGGAGGAGAGGGAUGAAGAGGAGGAGGAGGACGGGGAGGAGGAAGAGGAGAAAGAAGAGGAGGAGAACGAUGAAAGAAUAACUUUUCGCUUCUCAUAUGGAAAUGCAAUGUCGUAUUCAAUUUGUUUUUAG